AUGAUCAAUGUGAAGUCCAGAGGACCUGGUGCUGCAAAAGUUGGAGUCUUCAAACCGAAAGUUCAAGGUCGAUCAUCUCUUUCUCCAAUGUCCAGUGAUCUUGAUGACGUGGAGGAAGGCGUUUUAAAAGGUCAAGAGCUAGAAAAUGUUGUAUCAGAUGUAGAUUACACCAAAGAAAUUGAGAAAGCUUUUCAUGCUCUUGGCAAAGAGGAAUAUCAUCUACUUUUGGAAUACGUUCGAGAAUGGAAUCCAAAGCCAAAGCUCUGCCAUAUUGCUCAGUUUGUGCUUUUCCGGGCUUUCAACAUGCUUCCUCCAAAAGAGAUUAUCGAGAGGCAUUUCAGUAGGAUAGAUAGGUUGGAAAGAAGCACAUUCUUGUUGGACUAUUGCCUUACAGGAAUGUCUAUUAUUGAACCAGAAAUGGAGGAAAAAGAAAUCGAAGACAAGUCUGUGAUGCAUUCCAAUGAGGCAGAUGAGGAGCAAUUGGCUAAAACUGUAAUGGUGGAGCAGGAACAGGACCAGGACCAUGCAGAGCAGAAAGAGAAGAGUUCUUCGAAAAAAUGA